AAGAGCUGCAGGGUGUCCGAGACCUGUGCAAGGCACCGCUUGCCCCCAGCCUGGUUCCUGCACUGCUGGCUGCUGCGGGCGGCUGAGCCGCACCAGGCACGGUAGGUGCCAGGAGAACUGGGUGACUUGGGGGAGCGGGAGCUGAGUGCUUCCCUUGGCAGCUGACCAUGGCUGGCUGGAGGGGCCCGGCCACUCUCCUAGCCUUUCUCCUCCUGUGCCCACUCCCCUCCCCCAGCUGCCCUGCCAUCUGCAGAUGCUCCUCUGGGGAAGUGGACUGCAGUUACCGAGCCUUGCGCUUUGUGCCUGAAAACCUGCCUACCAAUGCCAGUGCCAUGUGGCUGGGCUACAACCACAUUGCCGUCCUCAAGGCUCACUCCUUCUGCUCGCAGCAGGCGCUGCAGAACCUCAGCCUGUGCAGCAAUGGCCUGGUGAGCAUCCACAGCCAGGCCUUGGCAGGGCUCGGGGCGCUGCGGGAGCUGGACCUGAGCAACAACUACCUCACCGUGCUCACGGCCGAGACCUUCCUGCCUCUCCCAGGCCUAAUGGUUCUCAACGUGGGGGCCAACAAGCUUGGCCAGCUGCCCCCAGAGGUGCUGAAAGCAUUGCCCUGCUUGCAGGAGCUCUUUCUGCACAGCAAUGCCCUGAGGUCCCUGCAUGCCAGCGUCUUUCUGAACCUGACUGCCGUGCGCUCCCUGACCCUGCAGGGCAACCCGUGGGCGUGCACCUGUAAAAUCCAGCCCCUCUUCCUCUGGAUCAUGGGCAACAGGGACAAAAUCCAAGAGGAGAAUUUAAUCCUGUGCAGAUUCCCAGAGCACCUCAACCAGUAUCCCCUCCUGGCCAUUGGCAACGAGUCCUUCAGCCACUGCCAGGACAGCUUGCUGCACCCCCAGGACUACACCUUCUUCCUGCUCAUUGGCCCGGCCUCCUUCCUGGCCAGCAUCCUCAUCUGCCUCCUACUUGGCUCCCUGGCUGUGGCCUAUAACUACCUCCUGAAAGAACUUUGCUAUUGGUGAGGAGCCCACCUGCGUGGGAGUACUGCGGCUGUAGUAGCUCUGGGGGUGCCAGGAAGGGGAUGAGAUACUGUCUGUGUCCCAAAUGCUGGUGGCCAGGGCUGGCAAGCAUUGUUGUGGGUUCUGGAAGAUAAUUGUGUUACCUUCCCCUGCUACGGGGCCUUUCCUUCUCCCCCAUGGGACUAUGAGCCCCACUCACGUUCCUUGGAGUUGCAGCAAUGAACCAAGGAGGAAAUCCCCAAAGUUUCAGCAAGACUUCCCUGAACCUCCAUCUGCACUGGCUGGCGAGCACUGGCUCCACCCCUGAGCCAUUCUGCUGUCUCCAAGAACCUGCCAGCGAGGUGCCAAUUGUUCCAAUAUGGAGUGAGAGCCAACAGGAGACCCCCCACCGCCAUCGUCUUCCACACCUGCCCCUGACCAGCAACAGAUGGGAGCUGCUCCCACCUGGCCAGUUCACGCCAGCACCUCAGAGGUGAAAGGCCCCUCUCUGCUUCCUAAUUUGCCUCAAAGGCAC